GCGUGAUAAACAAAGAGAAAACUGCAUGGACGUCCGCAUCGAGCCAUCCUCAUAUUGUGACGUUAAUAAGCUAUUUCAAAAUGAAUACAAGUUUCUGUUUUGUCUCCUACUACGUGGACGGACAGGACUUGACAACAUAUUUACAGUACAACGAAUUUCUGGAGGAAUACGAAGCCAAAAUAUUUGCUGCUCAAGUGGCUUCGGCCAUUACGUUUAUUCAUAACAAAGGAAGAAUUCACCGGGACAUUAGCUCUAGCAACAUCAUGUUAAAUAAAACCAAAGGAGCACAGUUAAUCGAUUUCGGUCUGUGCACAUAUGAACGAAAUACCAAAGACUAUUGCGGGAGUUUGUUCUAUCUUUGUCCAAAAAUUCUUGACAAGAAACCGUACGAUGCUUACUGCGAUUGGUGGGCAUUUGGAAUCAUAUUACACCAGAUGUUAAUUGGACAAACUCCAAUGGAAAUUUAUUUGAAAAAAAUUAACAAUAUUAACAAUACGGACCCGACGUCACUUAUCGAGAUAGCCAAAAUGGCUCAAAAUGUUCAGUUGCAGUAUGCUAUGGGACUGUCGAUGAAUUGCCGUAGACAUGAUCGAGGAUCUACUACAAAAGGAUCCGAACAAACGUCUUCAAGAAGGAGACAUCAGAAUACACAGAUUUUUUUGAUGAUGUCCCUUGACCCGAAUCAGUUCACACUUGACUGAUUCAAUAUAUAAAUAUUCAAAAGAAUUGUUUUCAAAAUGAUAUUUAUUAUAUGAUUUUGUUAAUUAUAAUUAAUUACACUUUAAUUGUAUGUUUAA